AUGGGUCCAUCAAACAGGGUCACCACAGCAUGCUACUACGGAUCACUUCACGGCGGAGCCACGAAAAUCCUAGCGGAUAUAUGUGUGGAGAAAAGCCAGCGUGCCUUCAUUGGGAAGUGCAACACGGGCCAGAAUAACCCAGCCUACUACACCGACGCCAGCGCUGAUGAGUCGCUCAGAGUGACAGAGGACUUCAUCUCCCACGUCCGCAGCCGCGAUCCGACCUUUUCGCAGAUUACGCCUAUUAUCACCCCCCGUUUUGCCAUCUCCUGUACGCGAGAGCUUCUCAAUGGGCUCGGCAAGAUUGCGGCAGAGAACGCAGGUCUUCCCAUUCAGACACAUUUUAAUGAAGCCGAGUCUGAGAUCGCAGUGACGCUCUCGCUAUUCCCUGAGUUUGAAAAUGAAGCAGACCUCUAUGCCUACUUUGGAUUACUGACAGACCGCACCGUCCUCACACACUGCUGCCAUAUGACGCCUUACGAGAUGGAUCGCCUCGAUGCCCUAAACUGUGGAGUCGCUCAUUGCCCCAUUGCCAAUACCACGGUGGGUGGAGGUUUCAUGGCAGCCCCGAUCCGCGAGUUCCUGCGCCGAGAUAUCAAGGUUGGACUUUGGACCGAUAGCGGCGGUGGCUUCUCGAGCUCCAUCUUGGAUGCCAUGUGGCAGGAGUUCAUAGUGUCGAACACGAGAGAUAUGAUGACCAAGGGCGAAGACAAGAGUCUCUCCCUCGAAGAAUGCUUUUACAUGGCAACACUAGGAGGGGCGCGAGUAUGUGGCAUAGAGCAGGAGUCUGGGAAUUUCGCUAUUGGCAAGCUCUUCGAUGAGUUGCACGUCCAUAUGGCAUCGGUGGAUGGAGACGAACUGAAUUUAUCCAGCACUGGGAUAUAG